UGCUGUAUCUGGGUGACAUCAGACGCUGCAAGCGAACAAACUGGAUUUGGAUUCGGAUCUGAAAGCUUCUUUUUCAUAAUUCAUUUUUAUUUGCUGCUGUGUUUAGGUCACCGGGUCGAGAUGUCGAAGGGUUUGGUGGUUCUGGCGUACAGUGGCGGUCUGGACACCUCCUGUAUUCUGGUCUGGCUCAAGGAACAGGGAUACGACGUCAUCGCCUACCUGGCUAAUAUCGGACAGAAAGAGGACUUUGAUGCUGCCCGGAAGAAAGCGGAGAAACUUGGAGCCAAGAAGGUGUUUGUUGAAGACCUGCGCUGUGAGUUUGUGGAGGAGUUCAUCUGGCCGUCGGUUCAGGCUAACGGCGUGUACGAGGACCGCUAUCUGUUGGGCACGGCGCUCGCUCGCCCCUGCAUCGCUCGCCGGCAGGUCCAGAUCGCCCAGCAGGAACGAGCUCAGUUUGUCUCUCACGGAGCCACGGGAAAGGGGAACGACCAGGUCCGCUUCGAGCUGACGUGUUACGCUCUCUAUCCUGAAGUGCAGAUCAUCGCCCCCUGGAGGAUUCCCCAGUUCUACACACGCUUCCGUGGCAGGAGCGACCUGAUGGAGUACGCAGAGAAGCACGAUAUCCCCGUGCCGGUGACGCCGAAGGCUCCGUGGAGUAUGGAUGCCAAUCUCAUGCAUAUCAGCUAUGAGUCUGGACUUCUGGAGAACCCGAAGAGUCACGCACCUUCAGAUCUUUACCUAAUGACCAACAAUCCAAAAGAUUCACCCAGUGAACCAGAUGUGCUGGAGAUCCACUUCAUUAAAGGUGUUCCAGUCAAGGUGACGCAUGUGAAGGAAGGGAAAUCUAAAGACACUCCGCUGGAGAUCUUCUCCUACCUGAACGAGAUCGGUGGAAAGCAUGGCGUGGGGAGAAUCGAUAUCGUGGAGAACCGCUUCAUUGGGAUGAAGUCCAGAGGAAUCUACGAGACCCCCGGAGGAACGAUUCUGCUCCAGGCUCAUCUGGACAUCGAGACCUUCACCAUGGACCGCGAGGUGCGCAGGAUCAAGCAGAACCUCGGCAUCAAGUUCGCAGAGCUCAUCUAUAACGGGUUCUGGUACAGUCCGGAGUGUGAGUUUGUCCGUCACUGUGUGGAGAAAUCUCAGGAGAACGUGGAGGGUCGUGUUCAGCUGUCGGUGUUUAAAGGACAGGUUUACAUCCUCGGUCGAGAGUCGCCCAAAUCACUGUACAACGAGGAGCUGGUCAGCAUGGAUGUCCAAGGCAAGUACGAUCCCUGCGACGCCACAGGAUUCAUCAAGAUCAACGCGGUCAGGCUGAGGGAACACAACCGUCUGCAGGGAUUCGCCCAGAAGAAACUCUGAUCCGUGUGUAUCUGAUGACCAAUCACAUGAUGUAUGACAGAUGAAUGAU